CUUUGCUUAAAUUAUGCAAAAUAUGAAGAAUCAAAAACUGGUGUUUAAUCCAUACAAGAACACUCCUAAUUGCUUGAAGCCAGCUCUGAAGAGAUCCCACUCAGUUAGCUGCAGAAAUAUCAGGGAAUACUCAAAGUCUCAGAAAGUGUUGAGGUUUAACCUCCCUUAUGAAGAUUCUGAGGAUGAUUUUUCUACAAAAACUUCUGAAACUAGUUACGAAAAGGGGUAUAGGAGGUCAAUGAAGAAAGCUAUCCAUCGGACAAACUCUUCAGUUAAGAGGUAUAUAUCUUCCAGAAGGAGCUAUCUUGGGAGUCUAAAGCUGCUCUCCAGAUCGAACCAAGUUCCCAAGCACUACAAUCACAUUAAGAAACUGAAGAAGCAAGCAGGAUGAGCAGAAACGAACAGAAGUUUAGGAAUUUUAGACACUCAAAAAUCAGACCAGAAAAGGGAAUGUCGUGUUCAAAGCUCGAAUAAAGAGAUUAGGAUAGACUUAAGCAUACCAGCUAUUAGGUAUAUCGAUUCAGACAAAUCCAAACAAGAAAAUCAAGUCUCUUCGAAGAAGAAGUCUACAAGCGUCAGAAAUUUAACCCAAACAGCCCUCUCUUCAGAUCUAGAGAAGCAAGAGGAAGACAAGAUGAGAGCGAGACCUAAGAAAUUAGCUGUGAAGCAGAUCACUGUAAUCCCCCAUGGAAAAUUAUUGAAAAAUAGGAUGUUUGCUUCUGACAAGAAAGUGUCGAAAAUGAAACAAUUUCGAAUUGGGUGACGUCAAAUCAAAAUUGCACGACGUUUUGACACGAAAUUAGAAGCACAGAGUGGUGAAAAAACAAGGAAUGUUGAGUAUCAAGACCCUGCAUUUAGUCAAGGUCGGCCCCAAAGUUAUUAUAAAAAAUUUAAGAGCUCGUUCAAGAAAAAGAAGGUAUCAUGACUACAAGCACUCAAAUACAAUUUAUUGUUCAUAUAAUUUCAUUACAUAGAGAAAA